AUGGCCGUCACCACAAGUUUAUCUUCCAUGUCCAGACAACAAAGAUGGAUUCAUCAAAUUCGCAAGAAAUUCGUCAAGGAAGUCACCAUAGACAUUUCUGAAGAAAACCCUAUAUGUAUUUUCACUGUUCAAAAAUCGGUUACCAUUUUUAAACCUGAUGCUUAUUUCCCUCAGGUGAUUGCUUUAGGUCCAUACCAUCAUAUGGAUCCUCAUUUAUAUGAUAUGGAAAGGUACAAGAUUGCUACUGCAAAAUCACUUUUCAACCAAACCUGUGCUCAUCUCGGAAACAUCAAGUUUCGAGAGUUAUUAAUCAGUAAAAUCAAAGAACUCGACCCUGUUAUCCGAGGUUGCUACCAUAGCUACUUGGACUUCAAUGACAAUACCUUAUCUUGGAUUAUGGCCAUAGAUGGUUUAUUUUUGCUUAACAUCUUGCAAGACCACUUUGCUAAUCUUGAAGAUAACAAGAUGCUACCAGCCAGUGUUCUUUCUAGAGACCUAAUGCUUUUAGAGAACCAAAUCCCGUCUGUUUUAUUGAAAGAAAUUUAUAGAACAUUGAAAUACAAUUCGUCUGAAAAGUAUGAUGAUGUAGUCGAGUUGCUUCAUAUGAUGGAGCAAUUUUGUCGCGCAAACUCUCCUCUCAAAUUGCCAUCAAUUUCAUCAUGCCAAGAUCAUGGAGGAACCUACUUGCAUUUACUAGAUUUAAUGUAUCAGUUGAUUGUUACCAAUGGAUUUUCUGAUACCCAAAGAGUUCCUCCAGAUGAAGAAAAAGAAGAGAAACAAGAUGAGUCAGAGGAAACAGAGGUAAUGGAAGAUGAUAUUAAUUCUGUUUGCGAUAAUAUUGAUUUAAUAACAAAAAUAGCCAUGAAAUUUGGGAUUGCUACAAAAAUCCUCAAGCCGUUCCAGGUUAUACAAGGCAUGCCAUGGGAUAAAAUAUUGAGUUUCUUAGGCUUAAAGAGAGUCAAUGAUUCUGGUAAACAUGAAGGUCCUAUGGUGCAGGAGAUUAAGAUACCAUGUGUCUCUACCUUACACUACUAUGCAGGGAUAACGUUUAGCUCCACAAACGGAGGUAUAAUGGACAUUAAGUUUGUAGAAGAAGAAGCUACUUUAUACUUGCCUGUAAUAACCUUAGAUGUUAAUUCAGAAGUAGUUUUGAGGAAUUUGGUAGCCUAUGAAAACGCUAUGCACUAUUCAUAUUCCAGCCAGUCAAUCUCAAAAUUUGUUGAUCUGAUAAGUGGAAUUAUCGACAACGCUGAGGAUGUUAUACUGUUAAAGCAAAAGGGAAUCAUUAAAGGUGACCUAACGAAUAACCAGAUUGCAGAACUUUUCAAUGGGAUGAACAAAGCAACAAGGAAUUCUGAUAGCAAGACUGUCGCAAAUAUUAAUAAAUACUAUAAGAAGAGGUUGGUUGUGAAGAUAUUUAAGUUCAUCAAAAAGAGAUUCUUUUAUUUGUGGAAGGUGAUCGCUCGUCUUUUAACGAUUCUGUUGUUGUUGUUGCUGGUAUUGUAUUCCUUUUGUCAGUUCUAUGGCUGUCCUAAGGUCGUUGGCAGCAGCAACUAG